CGCGAGGCAACGCGGCUACUCCGGACGGUGUUGCUACGGUAAUACUGGUGUUGUGCUUGUGGUUUUUUCGAGCAUGCUGCUUUACUGUGUCGCCUUCGAGUGGAAUAACUACUUCUAUGGAAACUGAUACUUGAGCUUCUUCUAAUUUCCCUACGCAAGAAUGUACGUGAAGAACAGGGCGCUGUGGAUAUCUGCAGUUAGGCGUCCAAACCCGACGACUCAUUGUGGCAGCCAACAAAGCAUUCUCGAAUCUGCGGGGCGCACUUCAUCAACGGCCGGCCGUUGAAGCUGAUAAAUCAUCCGGACCAUGUGCCGAUUGUGAUCACGUACAGCAAAACUCUGGGCGAGGCUGCUGUACGACGGCACAACCGCUACGUGAAAAGGCAAAGGGGCUGCAAACGUGCGGAUCGCAAAUUAUGUGUCGAUAACGCAGCAUGGUGCAAGCUUGACUUUCGAGGUUGCAACCCCUCAAUUCUUUCACAAGUGUUUGGAACUCAGUGCAAUGAAUGCUGUUUGGCUCAGGAGAAAACAAAAAACUGAAGAGGAGGUCGCAAGUCGACGAACGGGCAAAGGCGACCACCUCUGCCUGCUUUUGGACGCUACGGAAACCAUGCACAGGCAUCAAAAGUGAUCACUCUGAGCGGGAAACAACUUGGCAAUUUCCUACAGUUCCCACUGGCCUAAUGGCCUCAUCACGGAAGGAUGUGGUCUGCUACCUGGAUGGAGUACAAGUGAAGGUUUCAGAAAAGUUCAGGCCACCACGCAGGAUAGUGCUUCCAAUGGGGCUCACUAGGAACUUCUACCCUCAAACACUGCAUGAAAACUAUGACUUUGAUCUUGAGCAGAAAACUAUUGAGUUUGCCGAACGCUACCGCCAAGAACAGGAGUCCAAGCGGCAAGCUCGAGCAGACCGUGUGGCAGCAGACAUUCAGCAUUUCACUCAGUUGACAACGCAAGACCGACCUAGUGUGGGCGAUGUGAGCCCUAGUUCAACAAAUUGUGUGCCUGCUGCGGUUGUCACUGCUGCGGCAGUUACAUCUGCUAGAAUUCUGCAGCCUGCACUCGCUCCAGAGACAGCUGGUACUGCUGCACCUCAGUCCACAACACAGAAGUCAUUCAGCUUGGCAGAAUUCGAGAAUGACAGUUCAAGCCCCUUUGAUUAUGUUGAGCUUCAGACAAUCAAUGAGUUGGAAGAGCUCAGUUCAGUCUUUCAGGGCAUGACAGCGCAGUCACCACAAGCUACCGCUGCAGAACCAGAGUAUCCUGCUAGUGGACCAACGUGGCCAGACCCACAGGCCACUGAGACGCCGGUUGUGAAGAAAGGCGGCACCAGUGCUCCCUUGCAUUUCUCAAGGAGUGCUUCAGAUGUCUGCACCUCUGGCUCUGGUGACAAGAGUGUCAGCCAACGUACCAUCACCCCACCUCCAGAGCAUACACCUCAGAAUGAACCAACACAAGAGGAUACACCACAGCAUGAUCAAGCAGCAGCCAAAGAGACUCCAGCAGAGGCUCUCUCUCCUCUUUUACGCUCCCUAAUGGAUAUGGGCUUCGACAAGCACAGGGCUCAGCGGGCCCUGCAGUCCCAAGGAAGCACAGACGACAAAAAGGUUGUCGAGCACUUGUGUCAAGUGCAGUCACUUGUUGAUGCUGGAUUCAGUGACAUGGAUGCUGAGGAAGCCUUGCAGGUCACCACAGGAAACUACGAACAGGCACUGGAGUUCUUACGACUCGAACAACAGUUCCUGGCUCUUGGAUUCAAGAAAGACUCCAUUGUUAAGGCCCUUCUUGAAGCCCAAAAUGACCGGGACAAAGCACUGGACUUGCUCUUAGGAUGAUUUUUGUUAACUCUUUAUUGUUCAUAUUGCCAAAUUUAUUUUAUUAAUAAAAUAAUUAUGCUGCA